AUGGCUGCUUCGUUGCCGGAGAGCACGACUAACUCGUUGCCUUUUCAACAGCCGGUAUGCCAGAAUUGUUCGACCUCAACGACGCCGUUAUGGCGACGCGACGAGCAGGGUUCGGUCCUCUGCAACGCCUGCGGACUUUUUCUCAAGCUUCAUGGCCGCGCCCGACCGAUCAGUCUCAAAACAGAUGUGAUCAAGAGUCGGAACAGAGUCAAAGCCAGCGGAACUCCCAAAAAGAAGUUUGAGAAUGGUCUUCCUGCGACACAAAGCGCCGACAUGAUAGCACCACAGAACAGACGUGUCUCUCACAUGGCUUCGGGGGAGUCCCAACGGUCGAAUUCUCCAGUCUCGCGGACUGGAACACCUGGAGCACAAGAUCCCAACAUCGCGCCUCAACACAUUUUCGAUAGCGUUAAUCUAGGGGAGAACGGUGCAGGCGGCUCGCCCUCGCUGCCUCCACUGAAUCAUGCGUUUGGUCUGUCGCCGAAUGCGUUAAACGGACUGGACUACACGACAUUGGUUGCCAACAACGAAACUCUCCGGACACGUGUGUCGGAGCUCGAGGUGAUCAAUAGUUUCUACUCCGACAACGAGAACAACCUGCGUUCAGAGCGAGACAAGGCCAUCCAAGAGCGAGACGAAUUCAAGCGCAAGUUCGAAGAGCUGCAACGGCAACGCGAACAGGAGCGCGAACAGGAACCGGAGUUGGAGCAUCCUGCCAAAAGACCCAAAGCGUCCGGCGACACGAGCGAGCAGUCGGCCACUGAAGCAUGA